AUGUCGAAAACUGAAGAAACUUUACGUGAUUGUGGUCGUUGGAUAUGUCAUUCAUUUGAUAUAUUAAAAGCAAUUAUAAUACGAGUUAUAUUUGCACUUCAUGCAACGAUUGCUAUUAUUCGUAUUGUUAUUGCAAAAGGUGAUUAUUGGUAUUUAUUAAAUAUGUGUGGAGUAAAUUUUCUUCUUAUUGAACUUGUUAUUACUGUUAUUACACGAAAAGGCAAGGAACCUAAAUGGUUUUCACCAUGUUUCUUUCUUUAUAUAUGUACAAUGAUACCACCUAUAUGGUUUCUUGAAAUAAAUCGAAUAAGUAUUAAACUUGGUCAUCAACCACUUAAUCAAACCGAAGUUGAAGAAUUAAAACUAAUGAUUGAACGAGGUCUUAUAACAAAAGCUAAUCUCAAUGAUAAAACGGAUUUAGUUAUGAAAAAGGUGAGGUAA